UGCGUCAUCGUCAUGCAACACGACGGGGGCGGCAACGCUGCGAUGCGGACGCUCCUCACGGCCAGCAGCUUGCCGCAGGCCAAUGGCAUGUUCCCGAACCCAAAUGCCAACUACGGACAGCGCCAAGUGGCACCGCCAGUUGAGCCAGUGCCCCGAGCGUGGCCGCUCGCCGUGCACAGCGACUCCGACAUCGAGCAGCUGGACGCCGACGGCAUGUACAUCGUGUGCCGCAUCUGCUCAGAGCUCGAUAAGGCGCGCAAUGGAUCCCGCAUCGUUCGUAUGAAUGCUCCAUUUCGCGUCGCCGCGUGGGAGCGUCACAAGGCCCGCAACUCGGCACACAAGCAGUCGGUAAGCGCGACGGAGCCCACUCCGUAUGCCGACCUUAUGGCGUCGUACCCCGAUAUCGUGCCGCAAGGCGUCGCCCCAAAGCCGCGAAACAUCGCGCCGAACGCUGCACCACGACCGCAGUCACAAGCUCAGCAUUCGGCGUACAGCAACAAUGGACACCAUCAAGCACAAUUGCAACCGCAGCCCGUGCUCAACAUGCAGGCCGCCAAUUACAUACCUCAGGGCUACGCUCCGCAAAUGCCGCAGCAGAUGCAUCAGCUGCAGCCCCAUCAAGCGAUGCCGCCACCACCGCAUGUCCAGCAGCCAAGCGCCGACGCAACGACGCGCAUGCACCCCAUCGUGCCCAUCAAGCGGCCGCUACCGCCACAGUCCGAGCCGUCCUCGCGCAAGAAGAAGAAGGAAAAGCCAAUCGCGGGGUGCAUGGGGCGCGAAAUGGUUGGGUCCUGUCCCGGCGCGAUUCCGUUCGAGAAGUGUCAGACCGUUCAGGCGCACUUGAAGGCGUUCCAGCGCUUUAUCAUUCCCGCGCCAACAUUUGGCAUCUACUACAACGAAGAAACACAAUGGUAUCAAGUAUACUCGCGCGCGUGCGCCCGAGAACCGAUGCUGAACCGGCGCCCAAGCCGUGGCCAAGCGUGCGAAGCCUGCUAUCAGCUCUACUCGGACCGCCAGCGACUCAUGUGGAAACGCAUUACGAACAUGGAAGGCUUGCUCGGCGCGAUUGAGACCAUCAAAGCGACAAGUCACGCAGAAAUGGAUACCAGUGUACUCGUGCGUUUCCUCCAAGGUAAGGCGUGCCUGUACACGGCCGAGGGCCUCCAAGUCCGUCAGACGUCCAAGAAAGCGCUCGAAUACCUCACGGAGCGACGACGACUCCUCGAAGACCUCGAGUUUCGAACGUCGGGCACCCAGCUUAUUUGAGCUCAUUCAAAGUAGUAUUGAAUCCAUUUAGAGAUGUGGGCCA